UAUAAUUAAGUACAUAUUUGUAAGCCGUUUAUAGUUUUAAUGAUUAUUUAACUAUUAAGAUUAGUAAUUUUUUCUACCAAGAUUGUUAAUGUUGAUAAUUUAAAUUAAGACAAUAAAUAAAUGACGUGCAAUUAGUAUACCAAAUACAUACCAUUUUGUGUUGCAAGUCUUUGUGCUUUUCAAAAGAUGCUCCUGUUAUAUCAGAAUGGUGCCCCACCAUCUAGGGCUGUACAAUUGGUUGCUGAAGCGCUAUCUGUUAAACUUACUCUGAAAUAUGUGGAUGUUUUAACGAAAGAACAAUUCGCUCCAGAAUUCUUAAAGCUGAAUCCCCAACAUACACUGCCAGUUUUAGAUGACGAUGGUUUUAUUUUAAUCGACAGUCAUGCUAUCAUGUCUUAUUUAGUAUCAAAAUACGGAAAAGAUGAUUUUUUGUAUCCAAAAAAAUUACAAAAGAGGGCCAUCGUUGAUCACAGACUUCACUUUGACUCUAAUAUCCUCAACGUUAGAGGAGCUGUUAUUGUGAAAAGAGUUUUCUUGGAGAAAAAACGAGACAUUAUACCAGAACAACUGAAAGCGUUAGAAGAAGCCUAUGAAAUUGUGGAAAAAUUUAUAGGAUCGAAUAAAUACGUAGCCGGUGAUGAACUAACAAUAGCAGAUUUUUGCUUCUGGACUACAAUUACAAACUGGAAUGCGAUUGGACUGUGCACCGAAGAAAAGUAUCCAAAAAUUACCGCUUGGUUAAAAAGGAUGUAUGAGUUACCUUAUUCUAAAUUUAAUAGGGACGCUGAGGAUGAGUUUAAGGCUACUUGGAUUCAACUUAUGGAGGAAAAAUAAUAAAUUAUGUUCAUUACAUAACAUGUAUUUAUUAAUUUGUUCACCAUUAAUGUGCUGGUGCUAAAAAAUAAAUGUCUAUAUUUUAAGAAUUUAA